GAGAGAAUGGGGUACAUGGACAGUCGGCACCGGAAGUUCUCUAGCCGAAGUGAACCUCAUCACACAAAACGCACUGCACAUUCCUCCGCGAACCGAAAAAAAGAGCCUCGGCCUAACUUGCUCCUACUGUUUAGACCCGUUGCAGGAGCAAAAGGAGGCGACUCGCGAACUUGGCGGGUAUACGAGCCGGUGCUUCGCGCGAAGAGAGGAGCGGCUCAAGCCCCGAGGUAGAGAAGGCCGGUACUAAUUAUUUUGAACAUAAACUACUUCGCGGAGGGAUAUUCUCACACGGCUCGCUUCCGCAAGAAAGGGUUUUUAACAGACGCGUCACUUCCGGCGAGCCUCAAGAAGGGGAGGAAAAGGAAAGAAGAAGAAAAAACAACAAACCCCCGAAGGGGGAAACAAAAACAAACGGGAGGCCUCGUCAGCCGCGGGCUCCGCGAGACUCCGGCGCCUGUUUCUGAGGGCCUCAGGGCUCGCGGGCAGCAGCGCCCCCUCCUCGAUGGGCACCGGGAUGUCCCUCCGCCCCCCGGCCCCUCUUUGAGCUUCUUUGCCUCCCCUUCGCCUUCCCCCCUUCGCCCUCCCUCUCUCACUCCUUCCCCGCCUGCCGCCUCCUCCUCUGCCGCCGCAGCUAAGCCCCUUCCCUCCCCGGCCCUGAGGCGGCGGCAUCAUCACCGUCGACGGCUCCGCCGCCGCCAUGUCGGGGGACGACGACGGCCCUGGCGGGUCUCACUACGUGGCAGAGUUCGUGCCUCCGCCCGAAUGCCCCGUCUUCGAGCCCAGCUGGGAGGAGUUCAGCGACCCCCUCGGCUUCAUCGGCCGCAUCCGGCCCUUGGCCGAGAAAACGGGCAUCUGCAAGAUCAGGCCUCCCAAGGACUGGCAGCCUCCUUUUGCUUGUGAUGUACAAAGUUUUCGUUUCACGCCACGAGUUCAGCGUUUGAAUGAACUAGAGGCAAUGACUAGAGUGAAGCUGGACUUCUUAGAUCAGCUGGCAAAAUUUUGGGAACUUCAAGGAUCUACAUUAAAAAUCCCAGUCGUGGAGAGAAAAAUACUGGAUCUUUAUUCACUGAGCAAGAUUGUUGCCAGCAAAGGAGGCUUUGAAGUGGUCACUAAAGAGAAGAAAUGGUCUAAAGUUGCAAGUCGUCUUGGUUACUUACCAGGAAAGGCAACUGGCUCACUGCUGAAGUCACACUAUGAACGGAUCUUAUAUCCAUAUGAGCUUUUCCAGUCUGGUGUCAGCCUUAUGGGCAUCCAAAAGCAAAACUUGGACCUUAAGGAAAAAGUGGAGGUUGAGGACCUCGGCAUUGGUGCCCAGUCUCCCCCUAAGCAGGGUACAAGAGUGAACGUUGUGCUGAAGAGAACCAGACGUGUCAAGUCCCAGGCAGAGGCAGGCGAGAUGAGUAGAAACACGGAACUGAAGAAGCUCCAGAUCUUUGGAGCAGGACCAAAGAUGAUGGGAUUGGCUUUGGGAGCAAAAGAAAAAGAAGAUGAAGUACCUCGAAGGCGGAAAGGUACUAGGUCGGAGGCUUUCGGCAUGCAGAUGAGGCAGCGGAAAGGGGCCCUUUCUGUCAACUUUGUUGACCUAUAUGUCUGUCUGUUCUGUGGCCGGGGCAACAACGAGGACAAAUUGUUGCUGUGUGAUGGAUGUGACGACAGCUACCACACUUUUUGCCUGAUACCCCCUUUGCCUGAUGUGCCCAAAGGUGACUGGAGAUGCCCUAAAUGCGUUGCUGAGGAAUGUAACAAACCACGUGAGGCCUUUGGAUUUGAACAGGCUGUUCGAGAGUACACCCUUCAGAGCUUUGGUGAGAUGGCAGAUAACUUCAAGUCUGAUUACUUCAACAUGCCAGUCCACAUGGUUCCCACUGAGUUGGUGGAGAAGGAGUUCUGGCGACUUGUGAGCAGCAUUGAGGAGGAUGUAAUUGUGGAGUAUGGAGCCGACAUUUCAUCCAAGGACUUUGGAAGUGGUUUCCCUAUAAAGGAUGGCAGGCGAAAGCUGAUGCCGGAAGAGGAGGAGUAUGCCCUUUCUGGUUGGAACCUCAACAACAUGCCAGUGCUGGAACAAUCUGUUCUUGCUCACAUCAAUGCUGAUAUUUCUGGCAUGAAGGUGCCCUGGCUUUAUGUGGGAAUGUGCUUCUCUUCUUUCUGCUGGCACAUUGAGGAUCACUGGAGUUAUUCCAUCAACUACCUUCACUGGGGGGAGCCAAAGACGUGGUAUGGAGUGCCCUCCCAUGCAGCAGAACAGCUGGAGGAAGUAAUGCGAGAGCUUGCUCCGGAACUAUUUGAGAAUCAACCUGACCUUCUGCACCAGCUAGUAACCAUCAUGAACCCCAAUGUGCUAAUGGAGCAUGGUGUGCCUGUGUACCGGACCAAUCAGUGUGCUGGCGAAUUUGUUGUGACUUUUCCACGUGCCUAUCAUUCUGGAUUUAAUCAAGGAUACAAUUUUGCUGAAGCUGUGAACUUCUGCACUGCUGACUGGCUUCCAAUAGGUCGGCAGUGUGUCAGCCAUUAUCGGCGACUGAGGCGUCAUUGUGUGUUCUCUCACGAGGAGCUAAUUUUCAAGAUGGCUGCAGACCCAGAGUGCUUGGAUGUGGGGCUGGCUGCCAUGGUCUGCAAAGAAAUGACUCUCAUGACAGAAGAUGAGGCACGUUUAAGGGAGGCUGUCAUACAGAUGGGAGUUCUGAUGUCAGAGGAGGAAGUGUUUGAGCUGGUUCCAGAUGAUGAGCGUCAGUGUGCAGCUUGUAGGACCACCUGUUUCCUGUCUGCUCUUACGUGUUCCUGUAACCCUGAACGACUUGUAUGCCUAUAUCAUCCAAAUGAUUUGUGUUCAUGCUCUAUGCAGAAGAAAUGUUUAAGAUACCGGUAUCCACUAGAGGACUUCCCUUCCUUGUUGUAUGGAGUGAAAGUCAGAGCACAGUCCUAUGAUACAUGGGUCAGCAGGGUCACAGAUGCGCUGUCGGCCAACCUCAACCACAAGAAAGAUGUGAUUGAGCUGAGAGUGAUGUUGGAGGAUGCUGAAGACAGGAAAUACCCAGAGAAUGACCUCUUCCGCAAGCUAAGAGAUGCUGUAAAAGAGGCAGAGACUUGUGCUUCAGUGGCCCAACUGCUUCUGAGCAAAAAACAAAAGCACAGUAGACUGACCCCAGAGAGUGGAAGGACACGGACCAAGCUGACUGUGGAAGAACUGAAAGCUUUUGUGCAGCAGCUGUUUAGCCUUCCCUGUGUCAUCAGUCAGGCCCGGCAAGUAAAGAACCUGCUGGAUGACGUUGAAGAGUUUCAUGAACGUGCUCAGGAGGCCAUGAUGGAUGAGGUCCCUGACUCAUCUAAGCUUCAGAUGCUGAUAGACAUGGGCACUGGCCUCUAUGUGGAACUUCCUGAAUUGCCUCGCCUGAAGCAAGAGCUGCAGCAGGCACGCUGGCUGGAUGAGGUGCGGGUGACCCUUUCAGAUCCUCAGAGAGUCACCUUGGAUGUGAUGAAGAAACUGAUUGACUCAGGGGUGGGGCUGGCCCCACACCAUGCGGUAGAGAAGGCCAUGGCUGAAUUGCAGGAGCUGCUCACAGUUUCCGAGAGGUGGGAAGAGAAAGCUAAAGUCUGCCUGCAAGCAAGGCCUCGGCAAAGCAUAGCAGCUCUGGAGAGCAUUGUCAAUGAAGCAAAGAACAUCCCUGCUUACCUGCCCAAUGUGCUGGCACUAAGAGAAGCCCUGCAGCGAGCGCGAGACUGGACAUCCAAAGUGGAGGCUAUUCAGAAUGGGAGCAACUAUGCAUAUUUAGAACAGCUGGAGAAUCUGUCUGCAAAAGGCCGCCUGAUACCCGUCCGCCUUGAGGCAUUGCCGCAAGUCGACUCACAGGUAGCAGCAGCCCGUGCCUGGAGAGAGCGAACAGGCAGAACGUUCCUUAAGAAGAACUCGAGCUACACACUCUUGCAGGUUCUGAGCCCUCGAACUGACAUUGGUGUUUAUGGAAGCAGUAAGAACAGGCGAAAAAGAGUCAAGGAGCUGAUAGAGAAGGAGAAAGAGAAGGAGCUUGACCUGGAGUCCUUGAGUGAGCUAGAGGAUGGACUAGAAGAGACCAGAGACACUGCAACUGUGGUGGCAGUCUUCAAGGACCGUGAGCAGAAGGAGAUUGAAGCCAUGCAUGCCCUCAGGGAAGCCAACCUGGCAAAGAUGAUGAUGGUGGACCGCAUUGAGGAGAUCAAGUUCUGCAUCUGUCGCAAAACAGCCAGUGGGUUCAUGCUCCAGUGCGAACUCUGCAAAGACUGGUUUCACAGCACCUGUGUGCCCCUCCCCAAAACCAGCUCCCAAAAGAAAGGCUCCAGCUGGCCUGCCAAAGAAGUCAAGUUCCUAUGCCCACUCUGCAUGCGUUCGCGAAGACCCCGCCUUGAGACCAUCUUAUCUCUGCUUGUGUCCUUGCAAAAGCUGCCGGUCAGACUGCCGGAGGGGGAGGCACUCCAGUGCUUGACAGAGCGGGCUAUGAGCUGGCAGGACCGAGCACGGCAAGCUCUGGCUACAGAUGAACUGUCCUCUGCAUUGGCCAAGCUCUCUGUGUUGAGCCAACGUAUGGUGGAACAGGCUGCCCGGGAGAAAACAGAGAAAAUUAUCAGCGCAGAGCUACAGAAGGCCGCAGCCAACCCUGACCUACAGGGUCACUUGACUAGUUUUCAGCAAUCUGGCUUUAACCGGGCAAUGAGUAGUGUGUCGUCAUCUCCGCGACAGACUAUAGACUAUGAUGACGAGGAGACGGAUUCAGAUGAAGGCAUCAGGGAAGGAUUUGGCUAUGACAUAAAGGACAAUGCCAGUGUAAAAUCCUCUAGCAGUGUGGAGCCCAACUUGUUUUGUGAUGAAGAAAUUCCCAUUAAAUCUGAAGAAGUUGUAACACACAUGUGGACAGCCCCCUCCUUCUGUGCUGAACAUGCAUACUCAUCAGCUUCCAAAAGCUGCUCUCAAGGCUCCAACACCCCAAGGAAGCAGCCUCGCAAAAGCCCCCUGGUACCUCGCAGUUUAGAACCUCCUGUGCUUGAGCUGUCUCCUGGAGCCAAAUCACAGCUAGAAGAUUUAAUGAUGAUCGGAGAUCUCCUAGAGGUUUCUCUGGAUGAGACCCAGCACAUCUGGCGGAUCUUGCAAGCAACACAUCCACCAUCAGAGGAUAGGUUUCUACAUAUUAUGGAGGAUGACAGCAUGGACGAGAAGCCAUUAAAAAUGCGGGGAAGAGACUCUUCUGAGCGGAAGCGGAAGCGCAAGCUAGAGAAAGCAGAGCAGUUCUUUGGCGAAAUGAAGCAGAAGUCUAAAGAGCUGAAGAAGUUGGAGAAACCCAAGAAGAAGAAGCUAAAACUGACAAUGGAUAAGACAAAGGAGCUGAACAAACUGGCCAAAAAACUGGCCAAGGAGGAGGAGAGGAAGAAGAAGCGUGAGAAGGCGGCUGCGGCCAAGGUGGAGCUGGUGAAAGAGUGCACAGAGAAAAAGAGGGAGAAGAAAAUCUUGGAUAUCCCCUCCAAGUAUGACUGGUCAGGAGCUGAGGAGUCUGAUGAUGAAAAUGCAGUAUGUGCUGCACAGAACUGCCAGAGGCCCUGCAAGGACAAGUUUGGAUACUUGCACGAGACCAAAACCAGGCCUUACUCAGCCAGGUCUCAUAACGCAAACAAGGUAGACUGGGUGCAGUGCGAUGGCGGCUGUGAUGAGUGGUUUCAUCAAGUUUGUGUUGGUGUCUCGCCAGAAAUGGCUGAGAGUGAAGAUUAUAUCUGUAUAAACUGUGCAAAGAAACAGAUGCAGGGGGCAGGCAGUCCGACACACGCACCGCCUCCUCAUUUCCUGCUGAGCUACAAACUACCUUUGGAGGACCUCAAGGAGACGAGUUAGCAGCCGCUUGGUCUUACUGGGACGUAAGGGAAAUGGAACACUAAGAUGGCGGCGUGAAGCUAAUGUAGCCACUUGGAAAUGCUCCACUUCUGCGGACGUACGGCCCUAUAGCGGAGCUGGCCCCAUAUAGCUGGCUUCCUUUACGCAAAAGGGAUGUCAUGGGCACAGGGGUACUGACCCAGCUAUGCAGAUACCACCCUGUUGGAAGUCCCAGCCAGUGUAUUUACUCCCAUGUUUCCUUUAAGAAAAAAAGAGGCUAAGCAUAGAUACCACCUUCAGGCUGAGCAGAUAUGAGGCCCACGGAUUAAGCUGCUUUGCCUCAACGGUUCAAAUGGGGGGUCAUUGUUGAGAAUCCUGCAACCCACAAGUUUGCCUCUUGAGUGGUGGGCUGAUUGGGCAGAGGUGCCUAGGCCAUGUUAUGUGGACAAGGAACUUGCGUUGAGCACCACACAGGGGGAGAUGGGUGGGUGGAA